UAAGAGAGGCAUUUCCCUCUGCUGUUGGGGGGAUUAGGUGGGUUUUAUCUGGGAUUAUACAUGAAACACUGGAGAAACAGGGUCUCUUAAUGGGCAGGGGUUAAUACUUGGCACCCGAGACCAGAGACCAUUUAAAAGCACUCUCGCAAUCCUCAAACUGUCUCAUUUGUUAGUAGAUUCGUAAGAACAAAGGCUCAGUUCCGGUGCUGAUACAGCUUUUCCAUCAAGAAGGUUGUGGAAUUUCCAGGUCUGGAUGGUGAUAUAGUGUGUAGAACCUGAGGAACCCUGAAGAUGAAGUCCACUGAAGGAGAAGAGGGGAAUUCUGGAGGAAAUGAAGCAGCAGGGGAGCAUAAGGACACAUCCCCAGAAGAGAAGGAGCUCUGUACUCAGCGGAGUGGGAUGGAGGAGCAGCUCCCUGAACAAGAGCAAAAGACUGCGGCCACAUCUGAACCCUCAGCCGCCGGCUGUAUCCCAGAUCUUUCCGGUGUAGAUGCCGAGCAGUUCUUCAAAAUACUGGCCAACAGUCAGAGUCGGCGGAUGGAUGACCAGCGCGUGCCGCUCAGCAUGCUGCCGGGGACGCAGAUCUUUUCCAGCAAAGGAAGCGCAUUAAUGAACCAGUGGGAAUCAGACCAGCUGUGCAAGUUCAUCCUCAGAGCACAGCGCUUUAGGAUGGAGGACCAGAGAUGCACUCUUCCACAGAUCAUCCUGACUCCAGAGACCCCCGUCAACCAGAGAAAGAGUUACUCCAGACCCCAUUCCCCAACUCACGACCCGGACUUCACCAAGCCCCCGCCUAGAUCUGCCUCUUUCAGCCCCACCUCGGAAAACGAGAAGACGGAGCACAAUAAUAACGUCCAGCCCCCGACUCUUUCUCCAGAGGAGCAGGAUCGGCUGCUGACUCUGGUCUGUCAGGCACUGCGGGGAAGAAUGGAGGACCAGCGCUGUUAUCUGGACCCCAGCAUGAGAAGGACACAGCCUCCACAGGGGAUUGAGAACAUGAUCCCUAAUGGAAUAGAUCCUGAGCAGUUUUUUAAACUGGUGGCCAAAAUCCAGAGUAACAGGCUGGAUGACCAGCGGGUAGCGCUCAACUUUUUACCAGGGAUACAAACACCCAGCGGCGAAGUGCAGAAACCUCUAACUGUAGAGGAAACUGAAAGGUUAUACAACCUGAUCUCCAAGGUGCAGUCUCACAGGAUGGAAGAACAGCGUUGCUAUGCACCCAAUAUACAACUGGGGACUCCAGCACCAAGCCGGAAGAACUGGGAUGGAAAUAGCAGCCCUAUGCAGAACCUGCCUGGACCAGGAACAUCCAGCAAGACAUCCAGGAGAUCAUCAGCACCAGUCUGCCCUCCUUCAGUGACAAAUCAGCACCAGAAUCACAGCAGCCACACUGCUCACACAGCAAAGAUACCAGUCAGUGCCGACCAAGGGCAGUACUUGUCCAUGGCCCAUAAAAUGCAGAAAUGGAUAUACAACCACGGACAUUCCACCGAUCCCACUGCACUAAACACAGAACAGUUCUUCACCCUUGUGGCCAACUCUCAGAGCAAACGAAUGGAUGACCAGAGAACUACAAUGCCAGAAGUCAGAACGGAGAAACCAUUCGUUCCACAGAUCAUCCUGACCCCGGAGUCGCCUGCACCCAGGAGAGCUUCCUCCAGACCCACGUCCCUCACACAGGAUCCAGACCUGCUCACCAAGCCUCCACCAAGAUCUGCCACUUUCAGCCCCGUCUCAGAGAAAGAGAGGACUCAGUAUGAUAAUGUUUCCACCAAGCUUACCUUCAAAGUGUCCGUAUGCCUCACUGCUCCCAAACAGCAGAGUAACUCAGACGGUCAGCAGAGUUCUUCCCCAGACGUGUUCCUGACGAUUGGAACACCAGCAGGGAAAAAUUUUCUCCUUCCACUCACUCCUAUGGUUUGCGGACCCCCAUCUCUUGAGACGACACCCCGGCCCAGGAGACACCGCUCCAGGUCUUCCUCACCCUACCGAGCUCAUGGACGAACGUCCCACCCCAGACCCUCCUCUCCUAGGCCUGCACCUCAUCCUCCACCCAUUGGAACUGAUGAAGAUUACUUCUCCCUCAUUCACAGAGUCCACACAGCUCAGCUUCAGCAGGGAAACGCCGCAGAGAAGAGCCGGGAGCCAGGGAAGGGAAGAGAACGAGGGGAUGGGAGGAGAGAGAGAAAGGAUAGAGUGAAAAGAAAAUAAGCAUUAUGAAUGUACACUGAGCUCAGCUGCCAAUUUAUCAGAAACACAUACUUUACUAAAUUAAACCAAGGUUUAAAACUGUGUGAAAUAAAUGAUUAUGAAGGAUUA